CGCUUCCGCUGCCCCUUGUCUCGUACGUUGUUGUCUUAGUCUCUGCACUGCAAUCCUUCGAGACGUUGGAAACGGCCCUUAAUUUAGGGGCCCUUGAGGCUGGGUAAUGGACGCAUGGACGUGGAAGACAAGACCCUUGGCUUCCUGUCUUCUUUUGGCUCGUCUUUGCUCUGACUCGCGUUUUGAUAUAAGCAGGCUCGUCCCUAGUUCAUCGUCAGACACAAUCGUACUCGGGACGUUGUGCGUAUUAAUUAGUCUUGAUAUUCAUCUGUUGUGUCCGGUCUAUUGUCCCUCGACAGCUUCUGGUCCCUAUUUUUCUUUCUUCUCUUUCCUUGCAUUCACCACCCGCCUCUUCACUUGACCCGUUCCUCUAGGCGUGACGUGACGGCCGACGACGACGACGGCGACGACGACGACAUGCCCGAGAUCAGAAUCUGCACCACAGAGUCCUGUCGGGACUCGGCCAGCUUCUCCUACUAUGGCCACCGCCCCAACCUCAUCGCCAGC